GGGUGCCCCUACGGGCCAGGGAUGUGGAGACCUGACACCAGCUGCUGCCUUCGCCUUUUUUGGGCUUCGGUUUUCCCCCCAGGCUGGUUGGACAGCUCCCCCGCUCCUCCCCUCUUGGGGUCUCUUUUCUCUUGGGCCUGGGGGGCGUAGAUCGGAACUUUCCCAAGGAAUUUGAAGUGCCGGUGGUUGAGACGUUUUCUAAUUCUCCAAUUUGUCCAUUUAAUGGGUUUGACUUGACGUUGAGAAGAAUAUGCAGUCUUUUUAACUGAUGAAGAACAAGGCUUUGUCUUCCUGUAAUUCUGAAGUGAAAGUUGAGUCACCAUACAAGAAAAAUAAAUCCACUUAAAAUAUAGGCAUUAGUAAUAGAAUGCUGAACCAAACUUCUGGAUUAGCUUCAUUGGCUUUCCUGCUUCUUUUGCAUCCCAAAGCAUAAGUUUAAAUCAUCUCAGAAGGACAAGAUCCGUCAGUUUAUGACAUUUACCCAGGCUGGUGAAAAGACUGCUAUAUACUGUUUAAUGCAGAAUGAGUGGAAACUAGAAGUGGCAACUGACAACUACUUCCAGAACCCAGACUUGUACUACAAAGAAUCCAUGAAAAAUUCAGUAGAUAAAAAGAAGUUAGAACAACUGUAUAACAGGUAUAAAGAUCCACAAGAUGAGAAUAAAAUUGGCAUUGAUGGAAUUCAACAGUUUUGUGAUGAUUUAGGUCUGGAUCCUGCCCAUAUCAGUGUUCUUGUCAUAGCAUGGAAAUUCAGGGCAGCUACUCAAUGUGAAUUCAGUAAAAAGGAAUUUAUGGAUGGCAUGACAGAGCUGGGGUGUGAUACCACAGAAAAAUUAAAAGCUCUUUUACCAAGAAUAGAACAAGAGCUAAAGGAUGCGAUAAAAUUCAAAGAUUUUUAUCAGUUUACCUUUAACUUUGCUAAGAACCCUGGACAAAAAGGUUUAGAUUUAGAAAUGGCUGUUGCUUAUUGGAAUUUAGUCUUAUCUGGAAGGUUUAAAUUUUUAGAUCUUUGGAAUAAGUUUUUAUUGGAACAUCACAAAAGAUCAAUUCCAAAGGACACUUGGAACCUUCUACUAGAUUUUGGAAAUAUGAUUGCAGAUGAUAUGUCUAACUAUGAUGAAGAAGGAGCGUGGCCGGUUCUUAUAGACGAUUUUGUGGAAUAUGCACGACCAGUCGUCACAAAAGGGAAGCGCAGUACCUUCUAACCCCGAUUAUAAAACUGGACUGAAAUGACAACCUUAAUUGUAUCAGGUAAUGAAGACAUUUUGGCCAAUAACCAUGCCAUGGUUCCUGAUUUCAGUCACCGUGGCAUGCCACUGACCUACCUGAAAUCACCACUUCUCCUUUUCUUCAAGAAAAUGAUGCUGAUUCAAGGACAUUGUAAAAGUUGCUCAGAAGAUACCAGGAUGCUUUGGGAUAUAUUGGGGUUUGGUUACUGUAUUGUUUUUGUCAUUUGGUGAGAGAGAAUUGCAUGAUUUAUACUUAGGAGAACUUAACUAGAGCCCAUUUUAAUUAAAGCUGCACAGCAUGUCAUUCAGCUCAUGAUCUAGGGUGAACACCAGCAGUUCCUACUGUAAUUAGAGAUUAUAGUGUACUGACAUAUUUAAAAGCAGUAUUUGUGGUAUGAAUUAAGUCCCCAUAUAAACCUGAAGUAGUACGUUAUAUUUUUAUACAAGUCAGCAUUGUUCAAAGUAUUUACCCUAAUGAUCAUGUUCUUGUAAUGGACUCUUACUGACACUUUUAUACUCAGUGCCAGUACACUAGAUUAUAUUUUUUAUAUCAAUUUGCCAGAUCUAUUUUUUGUUUUCAUUUUCUUAACGUUCACCUGAAAAUCAUUGAAUGGUUUGAAUACCCUCAUUUCAAUUUGCACAGUGAUGGCCACACUUCAGUCUGUGACUUAAAGAAAAAUCUUCAGAUUGUUUACAAAUCAGUGGGCAUCCUUUACUUUGUGAAAAGCUUCUUGAACUUCCUGAGAAGUUCACAAAUUAUUUUUGUUUUGCUCACAAAUUAUUUUUCUUUACAUUUAAAAAUGGUAUUUUUCCAUUUUAAAAAUAUUUCUUUGUAAGUUGUGAAUUUUGAAUUCCAAGAUCAAGUAAUCUGAUUUCUUGCAACCAUCUAUAAUAUGUCUAAUGUAUCUCAAUUGCAGUCAUUUUUAUAGAUUGUACGUAUUUGAAAACUAAAAUAUUAUGAUAGGCUGGAACAUAAUAGUCCAGGGGGAAAAUCCCCCUGAUUUGAGUGGACAGAUUUAUCUUUGCACUAUGUAACUAUUUCUGUUUUUCACUUUGUUACCAUGACCACGGCAGUGUGGUACCAAGAUGAAUUAGGUAUUUCCUCAAAGCAUAAAUGAAGCCUGAGUUUCUCUUACUCCCGGGUUGGUAAAGAGCUUCUGCGUAACUGUGGAAUCUCGGUAUGUAGGACUGUCCUACCUCAGCUGGGAACAGAGGAUCCAUGUUAUUAGCCCCUGACCUGCACAGCACAGUUCUCACCUUGCUUGACUCUGCAAUUUGACCUUAAACAGUGCUGGGGAUUGGCCUUUUUAAAGGAUGUAAGGCAGGUUUCCUUUAGCUUCCGUACCACAUAUUCAAUGCAAAUUGACUUGUGAAACUAGAUUCUUCCUGAAAAACUUGGCCAAUCUGUAGACAAAAGCAAGGCCCACCUUUCUGUUUGCUAAAGUGUGAACUGUGAUUUGGAUUAGAAUUCUUCUAAGAAAGGCAGUUUGAUUCCACACUGAAAGAACACUGGAACAGGAUUCCUAGCAGCUACGUGAGAGCUUUGUGACCCAGGGCAAGUCAUUUAAUUCCUCUGAACUUUACAAAAUGAAGGGAUCAAAGGAGAUGAUUAGUAAAGUUUCUUCCAGCUCUGACAUUCUCAUCUCUUUCAGUUUGUUCUGCUAUGCAAUUCACAUAAUUCUCAGCCUCCCUUUAAAAGAAAUAUUCUUCAGUUGUGAGUUUUCCCCCUACAAUAAUUAUUAGAAUAUCAAUUAUAUUGGACGAUAUUAAAAGGAUUAUACCCAUUAUCCUCACUUCCACUGUAUGAGUUUAAAUCAUGCAUGCUAUUAAAGUGGUGACUUGGGGGAGGGGAAAGAGGGAAGAGCUUGUAUUUAUUUGUCUCAUUUGUACAGAUUUCCUGUGCUGAGUCCUUAAGAAACAUCCAAAUAAAUCAUUGUGUGUAUUUGUUUUUGCGAGUCUUUUUGUUUUCAAAGUUCCACAUAGAGGAGAUCAAACUUCUGGUAUGGGGUUGGCCUAGUGAACCUUUCAUACACCUCUAGCUCUAGCAUUCUUUAUGCUUUUGGUUACUCUUUACAUAUUACUUGCUUAGAUAUUUACCACUAGAUGUCAGUAUUUCUGUCUUUAGUAAUGGGAGUGAGGAAGAACUGAGAAUACAAGAAAACAACAAAUUUCCUUAAAUACCUUUUAAUGUAUCUAAUUUAUCGGACCUCUUUCAAUCAUGUAAAAAUACAGUUUAAUAAUUUUCUUUUAAUAUAAAAAUACUUUCACAGAUUUAGCAAAACUAUCAUAGAGACUUUGUAUUAUUAAAAGUGGUUGUUGAAAGUUUGAGGUUUAUGGCCUUCCUUUAAUUAGAUGCAUUAAGUAUUUUGAUGUAUUCCAAAUUGUCACUAGUAUGAGCUACAAGUCCUCAUUGUCAUUGAGUUACUUGUUUCACAAAAAUUUUUUCUUACCACUGUUUAAAGACACAUUUCAUAGGUCAAAUUUUUCAAUAUAUUGAUUUUGCCAACCAUUAAAACCUUUAAAAUAAGAGAUGUCUCUUAGAGGGUGGGAGAGAAAUGACAAGGGAAAAUGUUGGUUAUGUAAAAACAAAAUAUGUCAGUAAAAUGUAUUUUUAAAAGAAAAACAUUUAAUAGUAAUAAAAAUAUUUGGCUGUAA